AUGAGUAAAUUCGAGAAGUUUGGCAGUACUCUGUGUCCAGAGAUCGAAAAUAUCGUCCCGGUAACGCCACCUAGAGAGAACCUCUCAGCCUUUACAGACUUCUAUCUUAAACCUCUUUCCCAAGCCCUCCCAUCCUUUAUUAAAGAUACCGCGCACUUACUUCAAAAAAUAUCCGAAUUGAACGACACGGGUCCAUUUCCAGAUGGAACACUAUUAGUUUCCUGGCAUGUGGUCGCAAUCUUCCCGAAUAUCGACAAUGACUUGGGUCUUCUAGCUGUAACACAAGCAUUGAACUCUCGCCCAAAUCAAUUUCCAUCAACUGAAUCAUGCAUCGUCGAAGCUGUUAAAAUUUGCCUUGCACAUAACAACUCUAGCUUUGGGAAAGAGCAUUAUUUGCAGAUUCACGGAACAGCCAUGGGCCCGAAGAAUGCAUGUAGCUACGCGGAUCUCGCGAUAGGCAUUAUCGAUGAGCGAGCGAAAUUAAACCUAAUUUAUGGUGGCGUUACCGGGACGAUAUUUUCGAUCUCUGGACACAGG